CACCGCCGGGACCGGGGCCCGGGACCGGGGCCGCUAUCGGACGCUGACGGUCUCUGUAUCCCUUCAGGGGCGGCUGCGGCUCCUCCCCCGGCGCCGACCGGGUCCGGCCCCGCCGAGCGCCGGCGCUGAGAGCAGACCCCGGUGAGUCCCUCGCCGGUGUCCCCGCGCGGUCAGACCGGCGACACCCAGGGCUUUGCGUCUCGCCCGCUGGGCCUGAGGGCCGCUGGCUGUCCGGUCACACCGUGCUCUGGCCGAUCCCGAAGGUGGUCGGUGCAGGGGUGCAGCCCAGCUGUGUCCUGGGUUUGUGCCCCGUCCCCACCCGCGUCACUCGCCGUGCUCUCCCGGUGGCUCCGGUCCUCGUCCAGGCGGCCCUGGCUGUGCGAGCCACGGCUCGGCCUCUCGGUGGAUCUCUGCUGGCCCUUUGCAGGUCCCAAGGGCGCUUGAUGUGUCGGGCCGUGGCCGUCCCGUGGGAGCCGUGGCCGUGCCUUGCUGCCAGCGAUGAUUCCCAGUCCCAUCUCUGCCCGAUUUCCCUGAACUCUGCAGUUGCCCUCUCCCUGGGAAGCAGUGUCCCCUGGGAAGUGCUGUGUCCCUGGGGGGAUGCGGAGCCACCCAGUGCUUGGCCCAGCAGAGCAGGUAUGCUCAGACUCCUGUCUCACCUGAGUGUCGCUGGUUUCCUCUCAUGCGAGCGCCUCUGCCUCUGGCAGAGCUGACACGGGAAUGUUAUGGAGGCUGUGGGGUGUAGGUAGCUGUGCUAUUGAGGAAGGGAGGGCAGGGACAACUUUGGGGUGUAGAGAGGGAAGGACGGUGAGAAGGGAGCGUGGUGUGGCCAUGGAUUUGCAAGCUCUGAGCAAGGAAAAUGGACAGAUUACCCCACUGCUGGAAUCACCUGGCUCCUGGUCCCUGAAUGAACUGGGUAUUGGGUCCCUUGGCAAUUGAACUCCAGUGAAAAGUGCUUCAGCCGUGUCUCACCCUGGGGAGGAGAGCCCUGAAGCCCUGGAGUGGGGAUGAGUGUGUGCCCCACUGCCCUGUGCCUGGCUGCUUGUCAUGGUGCUGUCGCUGUCUUCCCCGUGCUGGGGAUUUGGGAGUUCUGUGGUCCUGGACCUGUCAUGUGGAGCUGAAGGAGGCAGGGUGGGGUGGGAGAGGCUUGGGGCCUGUUGGCAGGGUGCUGUUGAGCUUCUCUGGGUACCAAGAGCCCGUUUCCAGGGCGUGGGCUCGCUCUCAGGACCAGUUCCUCUGCAGGCUGAGCAGUACCGACUGUAGCUGGGGAUGGUUCCGCUGUUACCUGUGGUGAGGCUCAGGUAGGAGCCGGGCCAUGGGGGCUGCACCAGGGCCAGCACCUCCCCGCUGCCCUCCAUAGUCCAACAGCAGCCGGUGGCUACCGUGGCGGGCCGCCAUGGACCAGCUCACACGUGUGCCUGGGCCCCACCGGCUUCUGGGCUGCUUCAGGCGGAAGCCACAGGCCAUCGGGGGGGAGACACCACCAGAGCCAGAGCCAGAGGAACCUCAGGAGACACGCGUGGUGCUGCCGCUGCGUGAGGGCCAGGUGCUGGAGGAGUGUCCCCUGUGCCUGCUGCCCCAGCCCCCCGAGGCCUUUCCCAGCCUGGCCUCGUGCUCCCACCGCUCGUGCUGGGCCUGCCUGGAACAGUACCUGUGCCUCGCUGUCAGCGAGAGCCGCGUACCCGUGUCCUGCCCACACUGCCCCGCUGCGCUCCAGCCCGCCGAUGUGCACCGGCUCCUGCCUGAGCCCGCCCUCCGGGACAAGUAUGAAGAGUUCCUGCUGCGACGGCUGCUGAUGGCUGAUCCUGGCACCCGCUGGUGCCCUGCACCUGACUGCAGCUACGCUGUCUUUGCCCAUGGCUGUGCUGAAUGUCCCCGUCUCACCUGUGGGCGUGAGGGCUGUGGCACCGAGUUCUGCUACCACUGCCGGCAGCCCUGGCACCCUGACGGCCCCUGUGCACCGGCCCCCAGCCUGGUCACCCCCACAGCACAGCUGGCCCAGCCGGAGGAAUUGGCCCAUGCUGAGGCCGAGGACAUCAAGGUCUGUCCUCGCUGCAGAGCCUUCAUCAUGAAGAUCAACGAUGGGAGCUGCAACCGCAUGAACUGCACGGUCUGUGGGUGCCUCUUCUGUUGGCUCUGCCUACGGGAGAUCUCUGACGUGCACUUUCUGAGCCCCUCUGGCUGCACCUUCUGGGGGAAGAGGCCAUGGUCACGGACCCGGAGGAUCCUAUGGCAGCUGGGCAUGGUGCUGGGAGCACCCAUGGUCAUCUCCCUUGCUGCGGGUGUUGCUGUCCCUGUCAUUACCAUUGGGAUCCCCAUCUACAUGGGUAGGAAGGUGCUGGGCCAGAGCCGGCGAAGCAGUCUCUCCGGGUGCCAGCAGUGCCUCUCUGUCACCAGCAGUGUCCUCCUCUCUCUCUUUGUGUCCCCUAUCAUAACAGCUCUCACGGUGGGUGUCGGCGUGCCCCUGGUGCUCACCUAUGUGUACGGGACCAUGGUGCUGUCUCUGUGCCGGAGCCGCUGGGGCUGCAGGGACGGCCGCACGCCUGCAGAUCUCGGCAUGGUGGAGCUGGACAACCUGGCUAAAUUGAAUGAGCUGUGGUCAGUGCUGCCCAGCCCCAGAGCAGGUGAGGAUGGAGCUCCAGAUCCCACUGCCUCCCUCCCCAGCGGCAGCCGCAGUCCACGCCCAGGGCCAGUAUGGCCAGAACAGGACAACCAGUCAGCCAGCACAGUGGCCCUUGCAGGAAGCAUGCUGAGUGAGGGCCAGGACACCUCUGACAGGGAAGGUGUUACCAUCGAGGUGGAGGUGUCUGUUGAAGCGGUGCCACGUUCUGCCCGGCAGCAGAGCCUCAGCAGUGCCCUUUCUGGGCAGAGCCUCUCUGGGGACUCCCUGGGAGCCACCAGUGACAGGGGCAGCUCCGUGGGUGUCCCUGUGGAGUGAUGGGGGCCUGAGGGGGAAAGUCUCGAUCCACCCACAGGCCCUGUUCCCUCCUGUGGAAGAACCAGUCCCCCUCUGCCAGCAUGCCCAGCCCUGGGAGCCGGGUCCUGGGUGGGCACCAGCUGCAUCCCGCACUUCUGCACCCUGCACUAGCCCUGUCUGCCCCCUUCCCAGAGGCACCACUAGGAAAUAAAGCUGCUUUCUGAGGGGCCCUCUGUCUCCUGUGGCCAAAACUCCCCUGACAGUGCAACCCACUGGUGUGCACAACAGGCAUCACAGAAGAGGCCUGUGAUGUGUGAAGAGGCCACCCAGGCAAUGCAGGGGUUGUCAUGGCCUCUGCCCUGCCUCUACCAACUGAUCUGCCCCAAGAGCAGGCUGCAGGGCUGGGGGAGGGCAGCAGCUCCAGUCUCUGGUGCUGAUCCCUACAGGGGUACGUCCUGCACCAAGGCCACUGUGAAGGGACCACAGAGUAACACCCUGGCUGUAGGUGAGGAGCAGCAGAUGGGUGGUGUAGUCUCAGGAACUGGGCUCCUCACUACUCUCUGCUACAGCAUCCUGGGGGAAGAAAAUCUGCUUCUGCAUGUUUUGCUGCUCAGAGUUGGGCAGUUGGGCAGUCACAGAAUGAAUGAAGGAUUUGUGUUGGAAGGCAACUUAAAGUUCAUUGUUGUCCCUUGCCCUGGGACAUCGUCCACUAGACCAGGUUCCUCCGGGCUUUGUGCAGUCUGGCCUUGAACACUGCUAGGGAUGUGGCAGCCACAGCUUCUCUGUGCCAGAGCCUCACUGGGGAAGAAUUUCUUUCCAAGAUCCCAUCUGAUCCUGCCUUCUGGCAGUGGGAAGCCUUUUCCCCUUAUCCUGUCCUUCCAGGCCCUUAUCCAGAGUCCUUCCAGCUUUCUUGUAGCCCUCUUAGGCACUGUGACUCUAAGGUCUCCCUGGCUCCUUCUCCAGACUGAACAUCCCCUGCUGUCUCAGCCUAUCUGCACAGGGUUAGGUUAGGGAGAAAUGUUCUCCCCACCCCACCUUCAUCGCCCCCCCUCCCCCCCAGGAAAGAACCAAGGACCAAGACCACACCUUAUUUUCUCAUAUUUUAGUUUGAAAAAAGUAUUCAUUCAAAGUGUACAACUGAACACGGCAUGGCUGCAGCACCACUGCCAGAUUGUUUCACAAAUAAAAACAGAAAGGGCCUUAAAUAAUCGGGUGCAGAUUAAAAAAACCUCAACAGUGAAAAAGUUCUUCCCUCCAAACAGAAAUUCACAGGCACAGAAAUGGCAACAACCACAUGGAGACAAUGGGGGGACAUCCUCCUCCUCCUCACCACAGCCUCUGCGAUGCAGCGCUCCCGGGCGCAGCUCCGUCCUUGCUCCCUCUUUGGAAUGGUUACGGAUGAACAG